AUGGCUGGACUCGACACUCUGGACAUUAUCGUCCUCGGGGCCAUCCUGCUCGGUACCGUCGCCUACUUCACAAAGGGCACGUACUGGGCCGUCGUCAAGGACCCCUAUGCCAACCCCCUGGCCGGUGCGGCCGGCGCCAAGGCCGGAAGCUCCAGGGACAUACUCGCCAAGAUGGAGGAGACAGGCAAGAACUGCGUCAUCUUCUACGGAUCCCAGACUGGAACGGCCGAGGACUACGCCUCUCGCCUCGCCAAGGAGGGCAAGAGCCGCUUCGGCCUGGAGACCAUGGUUGCCGACCUGGAGGAGUACGACUUCGAGAACCUCGACGCCUUCCCCGAGGACAAGAUCGCCUUCUUCGUCCUGGCCACGUACGGCGAGGGCGAGCCGACCGACAACGCCGCCGAGUUCUACGAGUUCGUCACGGGCGAGGACGUGUCCUUCUCCGAGGGCAACGACCCGCCACUGUCCAACUUCAACUACGUCGCCUUCGGUCUCGGAAACAACACCUACGAGCACUACAACCUGAUGGUCCGCAAGAUCGACCAGACCCUGCAGAGCCUUGGCGCCAACCGCAUCGGCGAGGCUGGCGAGGGUGACGACGGCGCCGGGACCAUGGAGGAGGACUUCCUCUCCUGGAAGGAGCCCAUGUGGGCUGCCGUCGCCGAGAAGAUGGGCCUGCAGGAGCGCGAGGCCGUCUACGAGCCCGUCUUCUCCAUCAUGCACCGCGACAACCUCGACGUCGACUCCCCCGAGGUCUACCUCGGCGAGCCCAACAAGCACCACCUCGAGGGCGCUGCCCGUGGUCCCUUCAACGCCCACAACCCGUACAUUGCCCCCAUCACCGAGUCCCGCGAGCUCUUCUCCGUCAAGGACCGUAACUGCCUGCACCUCGAGGUGGACAUCUCGGGGUCCAACCUGUCCUACCAGACCGGUGAUCACAUUGCCGUCUGGCCCACAAACCCUGGUGACGAGGUCGACCGCUUCCUGGAGAUCCUCGACCUGUCGGACAAGCGCAACGACGUCAUCAGCGUCAAGGCCCUCGAACCCACUGCCAAGGUCCCCUUCCCCACGCCCACCACGUACGACGCCAUCGUCCGCUACCACAUGGAGAUAUGCGCGCCAGUGUCCCGCCAGUUCGUCUCCACCCUCGCCGCCUUUGCCCCCACGCCCGAGGCCAAGGCGGAGAUGACCAAGCUCGGCAGCGACAAGGACUACUUCCACGACCAGACGACGCCCCAGUUCUACAACAUCGCCGGUCUCCUGUCGGCCGUCAGCGGCGGCCAGAAGUGGUCGGCCAUCCCCUUCUCGGCCUUUAUCGAGGGCAUCACCAAGCUCCAGCCGCGCUACUACUCCAUCUCGUCCUCCUCCCUCAGCCAGCCCAAGAGCAUCUCCAUCACGGCCGUGGUCGAGAGCCAGGAGAUCAAGGGCAGCGGCCGGUCCUUCCGCGGCGUCGCCACCAACUACCUCCUCGCGCUCAAGCAGAAGCAGAACGGCGACGCCGACCCGGAACCCUACGGGAAGACGUACGAGAUCACCGGUCCCCGCAACAAGUACGACGGCAUCCACGUCCCCGUCCACGUCCGCCACUCCAACUUCAAGCUCCCCUCGGACCCCACCAAGCCCAUCAUCAUGGUCGGUCCCGGCACCGGCGUCGCCCCCUUCCGCGGAUUCGUCCAGGAGCGCGCCAAGCUCGCCAGGGAGGGCACCGCCGUCGGACGCACGCUGCUCUUCUUUGGCUGCCGCAAGUCGACCGAGGACUUCCUCUACUCCGGCGAGUGGGACGAGUACAAGGAGGCCCUGGGCGACAAGUUCGAGCUCAUCACGGCCUUUUCGAGAGAGGGCCCCGAGAAGGUCUACGUCCAGCACCGCCUCAAGGAGCGCUCCGAGGAGGUCUUCGAGCUGCUCUCGCAAAAGGCCUUCUUCUACGUCUGCGGUGACGCCGCCAACAUGGCCCGCGAGGUGAAUGCCGUCCUGGCGCAGAUCAUCGCCGAGGGUCGCGGUGUGACCGAGGCCAAGGGUGAGGAGGUUGUCAAGACGAUGAGGUCGUCUAACCAGUACCAGAAGUAA